UUCAAGUACAUUACAAAAUGCAUUUUCUGAAUGGAAAUUUGGAAUGGUUUGUGAACUGCCACCUUAUUUCCAAGAUUUUCCCAAGUUCAGUUGUGAGGAAUUGUUAAAGCAUUUCUAUAAUGAUCUUAAGCUCCGUCAAAAA